UCAGUUAAAAUGGAAGUCCUGACAGUUUUCUGCACUUUCCUCCUCUGCUCUUUUGGAGUUGUAUUCUCCAGCCAGGGACAUAGAUAUCUGACAGGCCUCCAGUCCAGUUUAGCAUUCAGAAAUCUCUCAUUUAAUCAUCACAGCAGAUACCCUCUGUACAUGAUGCAGCUCUACCGCUCCUUCAAGAGUGCAGAUUCCUCGUCAGUAGCUGUCAAUACCAUAACAACGCAAGGUGACAAUCCGUCAGCGCAGAGCUCGGACUCCGUCCUUAGUCUGACAGCCAGAGGUUGCCAUCAAGUGGGUGAAAGAUGGACAGUCACAUUUGACAUGUCAUCCAUCUCGACUAGUGAGCUGGUCCAGCUGGCAGAACUUCGGAUCAGGCUCCCAGCUCUCUCUGGCUCUAAGCGUGCCACAGUGGAUUUAUAUCAUUCCAGAAAGCAGAACUGUGACGGGGGCAGCACAUUAUGCAAGGAUGAGCACCUUUUCCUGGGGAGCUUUGGCAUACCAGCCAGUAGCACAAAGUCCGCCUGGAAGGUUUUUAAUGUGACUGCUGUGUUAAAAUACUGGCUGUACCAGGGAGAUGGAGUGUCGAGCCAGGAGGCCUCAGGAGAACCUGAGGCGGACCAUGGGAGCGGUGGAGGGGAGAUCGCUGACAAGUCCCUCUUCAAGAAUUUGGGAUUGAGUCAAAGAAAAGUACACCAUCCAACCAUGAACCGGGUCAUGAUGGUCAUCUUCUCCAAACACAACCCACCCCAAGAAGGCCAACGAGUGUACAGUCUCAUUCACAUUGUGGAGAACUCCAAGUACGUGACGACGGACAGAGUGAGAAGUGACAGUCAAAGUCGACGCCAUAAAAGGAACAGAAUGGAGAGGUUGAGGGUGGCUGCAGGUCCUACACCCUCCCCUGCACCGGCAGCAGAGCCGGCAGCGGAGCCGGCAGCGGAGCCGGCCCAGAGGCCGCUGUGUCGGAAGGUAGACAUGUGGGUGGACUUUGAGCACAUCGGCUGGGACGAGUGGAUUGUACACCCGAAGCGAUACAAUGCAUUUCGCUGUGAGGGGGAGUGUCCUUUACCUCUGGAUGAGUCAUUCAGCCCGACCAACCACGCCUACAUGCAGAGCCUUUUGAAACAUCACCAUCCAGAAAGAGUGUCUUGCCCGUCCUGUGUGCCGACACGCCUCAGCCCGCUCUCCAUGCUGUACUACGAGAACGAUGAUCUGACCCUGCGGCAUCACGAGGACAUGAUUGUUGAGGAGUGUGGAUGUCACUGAAGGCAGCACAUCAUCACUUUCACUGCAGUCACAAAAGCUACCAGUCAUGGCUUCCUACAGCAACAGACUACAGACAGGAUAUGACUGUUAAUUUUGAAUGACAAUAUAUUUCAUCCAUUCUGGGUGGUACACAAUAGUAUAUAUUUUUAGGUUGGAUGAAGCUCUGCUAUGCAAAUGUUAUAUGUUGUAUCUAUUUAUCUAUAUGCUAUAUGUAUAUUUUGUACAUAA